UAGAAAUGGAUAGAACCCAUUUGAGGCCCUCUUUUCUCUUCUCAUAGAGAUAACACAGUUAUCCCUCCCACUCCACACGCACUUCCUCACCCUCUCCUUCUCUAACAAUACAUCUACAAACUCCAUUUUUGCUCUCCGAUUUCUCAACAUAACCGUUCAUCUAUGGCUUCAAUUUCAGCCGCGGCAGCGGCCUCUACAAGACUUGCAUACGCUUACACCCCGGCUUCUUCCUCGAGUACGUCCCUUGCUGUCAGUUCUUCAAAACCCACAAAAAUUGUGUUUUCCUCUUCAUUUACCCCUUCUCUAUCUACCCUUUUGGUCAAUCCCGCCGCCGCCCCAACCGGGCUCCACCAACGAUUUACUGUCAGGGCCGCUAGGGGAAAAUUCGAGCGGAAGAAACCGCAUGUCAAUAUCGGAACCAUUGGCCAUGUCGACCAUGGAAAGACCACUCUUACUGCUGCUCUGACUAUGGCCUUGGCCUCCCUCGGAGGCUCAGCCCCCAAGAAGUAUGACGAAAUUGACGCCGCCCCAGAAGAACGCGCCCGUGGUAUUACCAUCAAUACUGCCACUGUGGAAUACGAGACUGAGAACCGCCACUACGCUCACGUGGAUUGUCCUGGACAUGCUGAUUAUGUUAAGAAUAUGAUUACUGGUGCUGCCCAAAUGGACGGUGCUAUUUUGGUGGUUUCAGGGGCGGAUGGCCCUAUGCCUCAGACCAAAGAACACAUUCUGCUUGCUAAACAAGUUGGGGUGCCAAAUAUGGUGGUCUUCUUGAACAAGCAAGACCAGGUUGAUGAUGAAGAGCUGCUUCAAUUGGUUGAACUUGAGGUAAGGGAAUUGUUGUCUUCAUAUGAAUUUCCCGGUGAUGACAUUCCAAUUGUUUCGGGCUCCGCUUUACUAGCUUUAGAGGCAUUAAUGGCGAAUCCUGGGAUCAAAAGGGGUGAAAACGAAUGGGUUGAUAAGAUUUAUGCAUUGAUGGAUUCUGUUGAUGAAUAUAUUCCUAUUCCUCAGAGGCAGACUGAUUUACCAUUCUUGAUGGCUAUUGAGGAUGUUUUUACUAUCACGGGUAGAGGUACCGUUGCUACCGGCAGGGUAGAGAGAGGGACUAUUAGGAUUGGGGACACUGUGGAUAUUGUCGGACUUAGAGAGACUAGGAAUACUACUGUGACUGGUGUUGAGAUGUUUCAAAAGACUUUGGACGAGGCGUUGGCUGGGGACAAUGUGGGGUUGUUGUUAAGAGGCAUUCAAAAGGUAGAUAUCCAGAGGGGGAUGGUUUUGUCUAAGCCAGGGACUAUUACUCCGCACACAAAGUUUAUAGCCAUUGUGUACGUGUUGAAGAAGGAGGAGGGUGGAAGGCAUUCCCCCUUUUUUGCAGGGUACAGGCCACAGUUUUACAUGAGGACAACCGAUGUUACAGGGAGGGUGUCUACGAUCAUGAAUGACAAGGAUGAAGAAUCGAAGAUGGUGAUGCCUGGCGACCGAGUGAAGAUGGUGGUCGAGCUUAUUAUGCCAAUUGCUUGUGAGCAAGGGAUGAGAUUCGCUAUCCGAGAGGGAGGAAAGACAGUCGGUGCUGGUGUCAUCCAGGAAAUUGUUGAGUGAGCUGUCAAAUACAGGAAUCACAAUGCUUCACUUGGUGAUAUAUCCAUGAUUUUGUGAAAUUAGUUCUCCUCUGGCUGCAAAGUCUUGAAUUUAAUUUCAUAUAUGGACUUCUUUGGUAAACUUUUGUUGUGCAUUAGUGUAUCAGUUUAAGUUAAAUAUUGUCAUAAUUCAAUGAAAGUCUCUUUCGUCUUGUUCAUUGAUUUUUGAGCAACUUAUAUAAUAAGCUGAAUUGUUAUUUUC